AUGUCUAAUGUUAAUCAUUCAUUAAAUAAGAUUAAUACUGAAUCAAGUAAGUUAGAUCGUUCGACUAGUAGUGCUCGUUUUCAAAUCGAAAAAGUUUUUGAUGAUGAUGAUUCAUGUUCAAAAAGAUUCUUAGACAAAGCAAUAAGUGUUCCUAUUAAUUUAUCACCAUCGAUUCUACGAUCAACAAUUAUAAAUGAAUCGAAAGCAAGAAUUUCACUUGAACAAGAUGAUGAUGAUGAUGAUAAUGAUGACAUAUUACGUAUGGCAAAUGCAGAUAAUAAAGAAACUUAUGAUACGAUGGAUGCAUUACCACAUAUUGAUCAUUAUAGAAAUUUAUUUUCAUUUACAUCAUCAGAACCUAAAACACGACCAACACUUGAAGCUUUACAUGGAACAGCUUCUAUGCCAUCAAAAAUGAAAUUAGCAUCAGCUAUUGAUUUAAAUAGUGAAAUGAUUAGUACGGUUAUGAUACCAAAUGAGCAACCAUUUCAAACUGAAAUAAAACCAAAAACUGAAAUUGUUAAAUUUGGUUGGAUUCUUGGCGUUCUUAUUCGUUGUGUAUUGAAUAUAUUUGGUGUUAUGUUAUUUCUUCGUUUAUCUUGGGUUACAGGUCAAGCUGGAAUAGGUUUAGCAUGUGUAAUAAUUGCAAUAUCAACCGUAGUUACUGUUCUAACAUCUUUAUCAAUGAGUGCUAUUUGUACAAAUGGUGAAGUAAAAGGAGGUGGAACUUAUUAUCUUAUUUCUCGUAGUCUCGGUCCCGAAUUUGGUGGUGCUAUUGGUUUGAUUUUUUCAUUCGUUAAUGCAGUUGCAGCAGCUAUGUAUACAAUUGGUUUUGCGGAAACAGUUCGUGAUAUGCUUAAAGAUCGUGGUAUGAAAAUAUUAGGAAUAGUUAUCGAUGGAGAAUCUGUCAAUGCUGUACGAAUUAUUGGAGUUAUUACGAUGACAAUUAUUUUGGGUAUUGCUUUAAUUGGUAUGCGUGGUGAACUUGUUGUACAAACUACAUUACUUAUUAUAUUAAGUGCAUCACUUUUGGAUUUUUUUAUUGGUUCUUUAAUGCCAGUUACAUCGUAUAAACGACGACAUGGUUUUGAAGGAUAUUCAUGGAAAAUAAUAAAAGAAAAUUUUGGACCUAAAUUUCAAGAUGGUGAAACAUUUCAACAUGUAUUUGGUGUUUUUUUUCCAUCAGUUACAGGAAUUCUUGCUGGUGCAAAUAUAUCCGGAAAUUUAAAAAAUCCAUCAAAAGCCAUUCCAUUAGGUACAAAUGUUGCUAUAGCGAUUACAACAUUUGUUUAUCUUGCUUUUUGUGUUAUAGCUGGAUGUACAACUCAUCGUGAAGUUUUUUUGGAUACCUAUGAACGUCGAAAUGGAAGUAUAAUGCAAUUUGUUAAUUGUUCAUUACAAUUGAAUGAUAAAAAUUGUAAAUCAGGUUUAGUAUAUAAUUAUCAAACAAUGAAAAUGAUAUCGGCAUUUGGACCGAUUAUAACUGGUAUGUUGUAUGAAAUAUCUGAUACAGUAAUGAUUAAAUUAUCAUUGAUUUUAGCUGGAAUAUUUGCUGCAACAUUAUCAAGUGCUUUAGCAAGUCUUGUUGGUGCACCCAAAAUUUUUCAAGCUGUUUGUCGUGAUAUGAUUUUUCCUCGUUUGAAAUAUUUUGCUGCUGGUAAUGGUAAAUCUGAUGAACCUAUACGAGCAUAUAUUCUAGCAUAUUUUGUUGCUGUUUCUUUUACUGCAAUUGGUGAAUUGAAUGUUAUUGCACCAAUAAUUUCAAAUUUUUUUCUUAUGACUUAUGCAUUAGUGAAUUAUGCAUGUUUUGAUGCAUCAUUAGCUAAAGCAAGUGGAUGGAGACCAGGCUUUCGAUAUUAUAAUAAAUGGUUAGCAUUAAUAGGAGCUGUUUGUUGUAUUGCAGUUAUGUUUGUUAUUAAUUGGUGGGCAGCAUUGAUAACAUUUCUUGUAAAUAUUGGUAUUUUUCUUUAUGUUCGAACAACAAAACCAGAAAUCAACUGGGGUACAUCUGUACAAGCUCAUACAUAUCGACGAGCACUUGAUGCAACACAUAAAUUAGAUACGAUUCAAGAACAUGUAAAAAAUUUUCGACCACAAAUGUUAGUUUUAACUGGAAAUCCAAUAAAUCGUCCAGCAUUAGUUGAUCUUUUUUCAUUAGUAGCUCAUGGACAUAGUCUCAUGAUUUGUUGUAAUGUGAUUUUAGAAGAUGCAUCGGUAAAUAUUAUCUAUGAUCAAAAAGAUGAAGGUGAAACAUGGUUAAAACAACGUGCAGCAAAAGCAUUCUAUCAACGUGUAGUUGCACCAACUAUUCGACAAGGUGCAAUUGCAUUAUUACAAUGUGUAGGUGUAGGUAAACUUCGACCAAAUGUAGUUGUUCUUGGUUUUAAAAAUGAUUGGUCAAUAAAAGCAGAUACAACGAUUGAUUAUUUCAAUAUUAUUCAUGAUGCAUUGCAUCUUAAAUAUGGUGUGGGAAUUUUAAGAUUACAAACAGGACUUGAUUUUAGUGAUUUUUUUGAACCAGAUUUACCUGAUGAUGAUGACGAUGACGAUGAUGAAGAUAAUGAAGAAUCUGUUAUGUCUAGUCCGUUGCGUGGAACAAAAUCACAUCAUAAUAUGAAUACACCACGUCAAACAGAUGUUUUGACAUUAAAAAAUACGAUUAUUAAUCAAGGUGCUCUAUUAACUAUGGAUAUAUUUCGUCCUCAUCAAACAUCAUCAGCUAUUAUUGAUGUAUGGUGGUUAUUUGAUGAUGGUGGAUUAACUUUACUAUUACCCUAUCUUCUAAGACGUCGAAAACGUUGGCGUAAUUGUCAAUUUCGAAUAUUUUCAUGUGUACCAGGAGAAAAAAGUGAUGCUGAACGGCAACAUAUUGCAAUGGCAUCAUUAUUAACAAAAUUUCGUAUUAAAUACACAGAUUUACAUGUUCUUCAUGGUCUUAAUAAACAACCUAAUGAAUAUGAAACACAAAAAUUCGAACAACUUAUACAAACCUGGGAUCAAAAUAAUGCAAAUUCAUCAAUCGAUAGUGAAUUAUGGAAAAUAACAGAGUCUGAAUUAGAAGCAAAUAGAGAAAAAAUUAGACGAGGUCUUAAUUUACAUGAAUAUUUACUAAAAUAUAGUUCGGAAUCAUCAUUAAUUAUUGUUACAUUACCCAUUCCACGCAAACAAUCAAUAUCAGCUGGUCUUUAUCUUGCAUAUUUAGAUAUAAUAAGUUAUAAUUUACCUCCAUUAUUAUUCUUACGUGGUAAUCAAAAAAAUGUUUUAACAUAUUAUUCAUAA